ACAAAACGCUAGAUUUGUGAAAAAGCUGCAGUAAACGCGGAUGAAGGACGCGGGCAACGGCUAGUAAAUAUAUAAACGCAACACGAAAAUUUAAUCGCAAAAAUGAUAUGAGUACCGCUAAUAGAGAAGCCGUUUUUGGCACUUAGCAAAGUAUAUUGUGUCGAACAAUUCAUAAACAUAACCAUUAUUUACUUAUUCAAACCUCAAUAAUUCAGGUUACGUGUGAAAUGCUAGUUUAAAUGUGCGAAUGAAAACGGCGAAUUUCUAAAAUAGAUAAAAUAUUCGAACGUAUAAUUUUCAAAUUAAGAACGUAACAGUGGCGCUAUAACAGUCCGGAAUAAUGUCCAUAUUGAAUUUUAAAAACAAACAAGCCACGAAAAUAGCCGGAAUAAAAAAAUAGUAACUGAUGUUGACCUUUCUGAACGCAGCUUACUAGUGCGGCCAGCUGACGCGACGUUGCCGUUCCGCGUUCACUGACACAAAUCUACGUGCUUAUCGCCUCUAUGCUCGGGUAAUAAAGAUCAAUUUACCGUAACAAUGUUAAGUACAUAAGGGAUAUAGGAUGUUUUUUUACGCUAGACGACACUUCCCGCGCGAAAAAUUCGAAAUACUUUUUAUCAGUCGCCUUCGGUUUGUACAUUUAGACAGUACGCGUGAUUCAUCGUUGAAUUAUUCUGUGCCUUUUAUUUUUUAACUUCAGGCAGGCAUUUGAUAAGCGUGGCGUUAAAGAAAGUAUGUAUUGAAAUUAUAGUGCGACUUAGAGGUACACCGUAUAAAAUAAGGUGGCGUAAAGUAAGACUUGACUAUAAUGAUUUGAGAGGCUGAUGUGUUUUUUUUUCUAUCUAGGCAAAGUGCAAUAUUGUGAUACCAAAGUGUCCAAAGUGUCCAAAGUUUAGUGUUAAUAUUAAAAAAAAUAAAAAAUAUAUAUUUACUACUGUAUUCAUAAAUUAUAGUAACCUAAAAAAAGUUUAUAUACUGUUUCUAUUAAUAAAUCACCAAAGUUAAAAAAGAAAAAAAAAUUACGAAGACGUUCUACAAAAGUACCAGGGUUGCAUAAACCGCACGGAGUUCCUUGUCUCAAUUUGCGUGUUACCUAGUUCGUCAACUUGAAAGUGAUCGUCCACUAGUUCGUGAAUUAAAGGUGUGCGUCCAUUAGUUCGUCGAGUAAAGGUGAUCGUCCACUUCUUCGUCAGAGAUAAUCCUAGUGUAUAAAAGAAAGAUGGCGCGGUGACAAAGUGGCCUACAUGCCGGUGGCGCUGGGCUCGCUCGGCGGCGAGGGCGAGUACCGCGAGUACCACCAUCUCUCGCCGCACCAUCCGCACCAACCACACCACCAGCUGCAAUACCAUGAGUACGCGCCGCCGCCGCUGUACCACCCCAUACCGGAGACGCACUUUAGAAGGCAUGCCCCAUACUUCGGGCAACCAGACUAUAGAGUAUAUGAACUCAACAAGCGGUUGCAACAGAGGACAGAGGACUCUGACAACCUGUGGUGGGAUGCGUUCGCGACGGAGUUCUUCGAGGACGACGCAACCCUAACACUCACCUUCUGCUUAGAAGACGGGCCCAAAAGAUACACAAUAGGAAGGACGCUAAUACCGCGGUACUUCCGCAGUAUAUACGAAGGCGGUGUCUCCGAGCUUUAUUACACAAUGCGGCAACCUAAGGAGUCGUUUCACAACACGAGCAUCACGCUCGACUGUGACCACUGCACUAUGGUCACGCACCACGGGAAACCUAUGUUCACUAAAGUAUGCACAGAGGGUCGUCUAAUCCUAGAGUUCACAUUCGACGACCUAAUGCGCAUCAAGUCUUGGCAUAUGGCGGUCCGGGCGCACCGGGAGCUCAUACCCAGGCAGGCGGUGCAUCCGCCCGACCACGCUGCCCUGGACCAGCUAGCCAAGAACAUCACACGACAAGGGAUCACAAACUCAACGCUCAACUAUUUAAGGUUGUGCGUGAUACUAGAACCAAUGCAGGAGCUAAUGUCGCGGCAUAAGGCGUACGCGCUCUCGCCGCGGGAUUGUCUCAAGACGACGCUCUUCCAGAAGUGGCAACGGAUGGUAGCGCCGCCCGAGUCGCAGCGGCCGGCAAGCAAGCGGCGCAAGCGUAAGGGCAGUGCGGGCGCCAACGCAGCGCCCCCCGCGCCCGCCAAGAAGCGCUCCCCCGGACCCAACUUUAGCCUCGCCUCGCAGGACGUGAUGGUGGUCGGCGAGCCGUCGCUGAUGGGCGGCGAGUUCGGCGACGAAGACGAGCGACUGAUAACUCGCCUCGAGAACACGCAGUACGAGGGCGACGGCGUCGAGUGGAGCAAUCCGCCGCCCGCCUCGCCCGUCAAGACCCCGCCCGGCAACCACUGACCAGCGCCGCGCCCGGCGACCCAGCGACACUCAAUAAAUAUAGGCCUCAAGGAUUACAUUAUACGGUGUUUUUGUUA